UGCCAGGAAAAAUAGCUGUCAGAUUCUGCAUGCAGCUCCUGCAUGCCACGCCAAAGUCACGGCAAGAUUUAUGCUCUUGGCCAUGGCAAAAGAUUGCGUCGCCGAUCCACAAUCCACGCGGUGGCUCUCAUUUGUUGUACGACAUUGUAUUUGUUCUCCCACCCAAAGUAAAAGCACAGCUCGAUCUUUUUGGAUCAUUCUUCCAAGAGAAUAACUGCCCACACUUUGAAAAGAUAAGAUGAUGGACGAGUCGGUGAAUCCAGCCAUCCCCACGACGGCGGGCGCAUUGCUGGCGGAGGAAUGGACCAUCAAUCCAUUGGCAACGUUGCCCUCCUUUUUGGAAAUGUUCAUGAUGGAUGAAGCCUCUCGAUCCGCACGAAAAUCGCUGCAAGCUGGAAUGACCCUGUUGCAACAAAAACUUGCUGAGCAGGCAGCAUCCACAGCGACUACUACCGGUACAUCUACUACUACUCAAAAUGACAGCAAUGGCUCCGCAGAAGGUGGACUGCCUUUAUCAUCAUCAUCUUCAUUUUCACUGUCCUACGUGAAGUCAUGGCUGCAGAAAUCUUCCUCGGAAUUUGCCGGUACCAUUGCUAAGUGGCUGGAACGCUUUGGUCCAGAGAUUUCUUGUUUGGUGCUCUUCCUCCUAGAGCGUCAUUGCCUACGCUCUCAAGCUUGCGCCACCAUUUCCGAAUCGCUCUAUGGAGGACGACAAGCCAAAUUGGAUCGCUCAACCGACAAUAAUAACACACAACGACGAAAAUUGUUGCCAUUGAGCGACAAAGAUCGCACGCGCCUGGCAUUGCUGGUCGCAUUGGGACCCUAUCUGAGACAUCGCAUGCUGGGAUGGUUUCACAAACUCAAAAGUAGUAGUCAAGCUACUUCAGCACGCAGGACAUUGCUACUAAAGUUGCAAAAGACGUUUGUCUGGGUAUAUCCAUUGCUGCACGUGUGGCUCAGCAGUUUGGAUCUGUUCUACCAAUGGAGAUAUCUGCUAGGUCACUCGGUCUUUUUUCAUCCCACGUCCCAUCUUUUGGGAUUGGUGGUCAGGAGGGUCACCCAGGAAGACAACAACAACACUCAAAAAUCAGCUACAAGUACUAGUAGUGGAAAAGGAUCUUCUUCUUCGUCGUCUUACUCACCAACAAGAGCACAACAACAAAGCGGCGCAACCAAGCCAAUGCAAGCCUCCUCCAACACACAAACCACCCCCAUGAGACAGGCGGCUGUUUGGGCACUUUCGUCGGCCUUGGUGCUCAGUUGGAUGUCGCACUUUCGAUCGGAAUAUCGACGUCAGCGGCAAGGAUUGAUCAUGGAACAACAACAACAACAACAACAAUCGUCAUCAUCACAGUUGCACAACUACCAGGACAUCCAGACUGACUUGUCCCUGCCUGCAGCACCCACCAGUGGCAUUAAGCACUCCAUGCCUUCACACUUGUGUCCGCUUUGUCAACAACCAAGAGUUCAUCCAACAGCAUCGUCUUCCGGAUUCGUCUUUUGCUACAAGUGCCUAUUGCAACAUGUUCAACAAACGGGGCAGUGUCCAGUCACGGGACGAACUUGCCAGGAAGCACAGCUCCUGCGGCUCUAUGAGCCCAACCAUUCCACGACAAUUCAAUAGUAGAGUAACAGACCAGCUUGGAUGAGAUUUGGAGUCACUAUUUGAAUCUAUCUAACUGACGGUGUGUACAAACCAAGCUGGCGUCUUGCCAUGUCUUUUAGGCAGACGGUACAUAGUUCUAACACUAUGCCAAAAUGGCUUACAGUAGAUUGACCUGUGUGCACAGUUUUAGUUAGCAACACCUACCAAAACGAUUGAAUCGAAUCAUUCUAUUCUUAGUCUAGUUAGUUAGUCCGAAGUCUUGCUCUUU